UUGCUGGAUGUUUUUGUUGUGAUCUCCGAAUCCUUGCAGCUCUCACAGUGCAGGCCAGGUGCAGGCUUAGUGUGACUCAGUGCUCCGGCAUUAUUUUAUAUCUUCAUUAAGGAGUUUUGAUUUAUAUCUUCUUUGACUACAGUUUGAUUUUGGUUUUACGAACCACUCAAUGAAAUAAUUUGACCGGCCAGUUCGUCGAACAACUCUCCUCCACAGCAGAGCUGCAGAACACGUUUGCCGAUUUUUGCAUUCUGAUUCUGCAUGCUGGAUUGAAAAUGUCAAGCGAAAUUGAGAUAAUAAAUUUGUCAGAUGAUAAUGAUGAUGAAUGCGAUUCGGUACCGGCUCCUUCUGCUGUGCAUAUUAAAAAGGAAAACCCUACGAUACAACCUACCAACUCUACCAGUUGCAUUCCUUCGAGUUCUAAAGCUGUAGAUCCGAUUCCGUCGUCUUCAACUCAGUGCAAUAACGCUGAAAAUGGGGAAAGAAUCGAGAAAACAAAAAAUGAACAAGCUCUUGAAAUGUUCCUCAAAGGCAUUUCAACAGUUGCAGAAGAAAAAGAGGGCGCAGAGGCACUCCUGAUCUCAUCCAACUUAGAAAAAAGAUUCUACAGAUGCUCCAAGAAAUUUCAGAACUCCAAUGAAUGCUACGCGCUGAUUUCAAAAUUCCACAAUGAUGUGCAAAGCUGUCCCUCCAAGAAAUGGGAGUAUUGCGCUUUCAAAGAGUGCUUGAAGAGGCGUGCCCAGUCUAAACCUGAAUCAUGCAAUGAGAAGGCAGAAAAGACAGAUAAUGAUGAGCCUAAUGAAGAAAUAGAUCCUGAAAAAGAUCGACUUUUGAAACGUCAGAAAUAUCGGAAACAUCUGAAGAUUUUGAACAAAACGUUGGAAAAAUGCAUGAAGAAAAUCAAAGAUUUAGAUCAGGCUGAAGUAGAUCUGGAUGAUGAGAAAGGAUCCGAAUUCCUCAAAAAAAGAAGGUAUGAAGAGCGUGUCAUCAAAAUCUAUGAGAGAAUUGAAGUGUGUUAUCAGAAGCUUGGAGAUUCCGUGGAAAGUCUCAAAAUCCCACAUCCAAGGAUCUGCAUCAUCGGUGCCAAGGGGCUGCAGCACAACACCAUAAACUGUGCCAUUGACAAAUUUGUGAAUAAAAAGAAAUUUAGGGAGGAAAUUCAAUUUCCAAACUAUCGAGAAAUCCGUGCCAUCGUUACCAAGGUGAAUGUUGCAGAAAAACUCAAUUUGACCAAAGAAGAAGUUGAUUCCUAUGCAAGAGAAGCGUUUUUAAUAGUUGGGCAGCGAAUUAAAAAGUACCGAGUCAUCGAGGUCAAAAAGUCCUUAAAUGACCUCAUUUCUGAGGCUCCUAACGAUCCCGCUGACCAGGAUCCCGAGCUCUUGAAAAAACUGAUGGAAAACAGACAACUGGCUGAACAGAGAGUCACUGAGGUGCUGGAAAAAUACGUUGAGAAAAGUGAGACGAUUCACGAAGAGGAGGAAGAGUUGGACAGCAAUGCUGAUGAUAAUGAAAAUGAAGUUGAUGAUAUUGCCGAGGAUGGUGAUGAGGAUGACUAUGAGAUCCAGUCGGAGAAUGGGGAUAUUGAUGAAAACAGCAGCUGCUGCGGAACAGAGACAGAGACUGAAACAGCUAUUCUAAACGGCAACAUUGAAGAUAAUAAGAGGGAACUAAAUUACCUGGAGAUGCUCUCAGACUGUGACGAAGCUAGCAGUGGUUCUGACUCCGAGAGGCAGGUUUUGAUGACUAAUGACGAAAUCGUCGAUUCAGAGUUGCAAGUGUGCUUGGAGGAGGACGAUUGUCCUAUGAAAAAGGCGCGUUUGGAAUUGCAUGAAGAGCUACGUGUUGAGGAAGAUGUUGACAAUUCCUUCAAUCCGGUCAUUGCGAGUGUUAAUUCCCAGGUGUCUGGAUUCUCAGACAGUCCAACAGAAAUUCCAGAACGGGAUGCUGGGCCUCCUUCUGUUGUUAAUGGGUCUGGAGAUUCGAAUUCGAAGUCUGAACCAAUCGAAAAUUCUACUCGAGGUCAAACUGUGUCGCCAGUACCUACUUCAGUAAACAAAAGACAGCAGACAGCCAGAAAAACAUUCCCACGGCCACCCACGCCAGACCCGAAAGUUGGCGUCGAGUUUGUGAUUCUGGACUGAAGGAUCGAGUGAUUCUUAAGAUUUGAGUAUCACAAGAGUAUUAUGUUGAUUAAAGUUCCAGUAUUUUUAUUAAA